GCGGGGCGGGGCCGCGGACCCGGCCCGUGGAGCCGGAGCCGGCGGGCUGCUGAGGUGGCUGUCGCCGGCUCGGAUCUGCGGCUUCCCGGGUCGAGCCCCCGAUGGAGGCCGAGGCCGCGGAGGCCCCCCCGGGCGGGGUCGAAGCGGCGCUCAGCUGCUUUUCUUUCAACCAGGACUGCACAUCCCUAGCAAUUGGAACCAAAACCGGUUAUAAGCUGUUUUCUUUGAGUUCUGUGGAACAACUGGACCAAGUCCAUGGAAGCAAUGAGAUCCCCGACGUGUACAUCGUGGAGCGCCUCUUCUCCAGCAGCCUGGUGGUGGUGGUCAGCCACACGAAACCGCGGCAGAUGAACGUGUAUCACUUCAAGAAAGGCACGGAGAUCUGUAACUACAGCUACUCCAGCAACAUCUUGUCCAUCAGGCUGAACCGGCAAAGGCUGCUGGUUUGCCUGGAAGAGUCCAUUUAUAUCCACAACAUUAAAGACAUGAAGCUGUUGAAGACCCUCCUGGAUAUUCCUGCCAACCCAACAGGUCUCUGUGCCCUCUCUAUCAACCAUUCCAAUUCUUACUUAGCCUAUCCUGGAAGCCUGACCACAGGCGAGAUCGUGCUUUAUGAUGGAAACUCCCUGAAAACAGUUUGCACUAUUGCUGCCCAUGAGGGGACGCUGGCUGCCAUCACUUUCAACUCCUCAGGCUCCAAACUAGCAAGUGCAUCGGAAAAGGGCACGGUCAUCCGGGUGUUCUCUGUACCUGAUGGGCAAAAGCUCUAUGAGUUCCGGAGGGGGAUGAAAAGGUACGUGACCAUCAGCUCUCUGGUUUUCAGUAUGGACUCACAGUUCCUCUGCGCCUCAAGCAACACGGAGACCGUGCACAUCUUCAAGCUGGAACACCUCACCAACAGCCGGCCGGAAGAGCCUUCAACCUGGAGUGGCUACAUGGGAAAGAUGUUCAUGGCCGCUACCAACUACCUCCCCGCCCAGGUGUCGGACAUGAUGAAUCAGGACAGGGCUUUCGCCACCGGCCGCCUGAGCUUCUCUGGGCAGAAGAACAUCUGUGCCCUCUCAGUGAUCCAGAAAUUGCCGAGGCUGUUAGUUGCAUCCUCCGAUGGACACCUUUACAUCUACAAUUUGGACCCUCAGGAUGGAAGAGAAUGUGUCUUAGUCAAGACCCACAGCUUGUUUGGCUCAGGAACAGCAGAAGAGAAUAAAGAAAAUGACCUCAGACCUUCCUUACCUCAGUCUUAUGCAGCAACCGUAGCCAGACCAAGCACGUCCUCAGCCUCCACGGUGCCAGGGUAUUCGGAGGACGGCGGGGCGCUCCGAGGAGAGGUUAUUCCUGAACAUGAGUUUGCGACGGGACCAGUGUGUCUUGACGACGAGAAUGAAUUUCCCCCUAUAAUCUUGUGCCGUGGAAGUCAGAAGGGCAAAACGAAGCAGUCAUGAUGAGACGCGCAUCUCAGAAAUCAGGACCUCCCCUAUCAGGUGGUUUUGGAGAAAACAAGGAAGGUGGAAGAAUGGAGAACCGUUGUGUGAGCAGAAAGGGGGGCAGGAGUCCCGGGUGCGGUGCUGCCUAUGCCACAGGACAUGGUUAAGUCCUCACCCAGGUGCCCUCAGCCCCAGCUGCCAGGGGGCAUGGAAGACGUUAUAUACACAUUAUACCAUUUAAAGUAUGUUCAAACCAGAGUGCAAAUGCUAACUAACCAUAUUGGUAUAUAACCGGAAUUUUAUAUUAAAAAGGGCAUCCUUUUUAAAUGUAUGCUGUGUAAAAAUGUACGUAUAGGAAAAUCUCUUGGAAUUGUACUUCUUGUAUAUUACAUACAUAUUUAGAGAGACUAUUUUAGCCAGGCAAAGUAUUUUUACAGUGAUUGGGAUAAAUCAUGUAUUACCUUUGAGUCCCAUUUAGGACACUAAUAAUAAAAUCAUGGCAAUGCA